AUGCAGUCCGACGAGAAAAGUUCUCCACCACCAUACUCUGACGACCCGCCGAAUCCACCAGUGGUCACGGCACAACCCGUUCAAGUGGGAGUGGUGGUUAUAAACCAAAUGGGACCGUCGCCAGCUAGCGCUAUUUGUAAAUCGUGCAACAACCAGAUUACCACAACAGUAAAGCGAAAGCCGUCUAUGAAAACGCAUUUAUUUGCCGUACUUUUGUGCGGUUUCGGAUGUUUGCCGUGUGUAUUUAUACCAUACUGUGUGGAAUCUUGCAACAAUCUCGAGCAUUACUGCCCCAACUGCAACUCAUAUGUUGGAUCAUACAUACAA